AUGUCCGCCAGAAUCACGACCGAGUUUGGCCAGGCAGUUCCACCAGCCCCUCGCCAUGCUGUCACUGUUCAUAUGGGGCCCGGGUGGGAAAACGCCGAGAGAUUCGGGGCUGAUUCGGCGUCUAUCGUUGCCAAGUUCAAGAAUACCUACCCUCGCACAAGGCCGCAUCGUGAUAUCGCUCAGCUUUCUGCGGCUGUGCUGGACUAUAUUGGCUCUGCCGACAAGGCGUGCCUUCUGUUCUCUUCGCUCCAGUCGGCCAAACAAUGCGUCGAGUACGCUACAUCGAGCAAGCGCGAUAAUGGCAUCGACAAACAGCCGCUUACAACUGAAGAACUCACAAUUCGUGCUUUCGUCGCAAAGGAUCCUUUUACAGCCGUCAUAUUUCCGUCAGAAAAGUAUCCAGUUGUUGCCGGGUUCUGGAGCACCGUUGGUGUCGGUGUCAGCUCUCGAUUUGCCGAAGCCAACCUGGCUUGUUUAAAUCAGCUUAAAGAAGUUUCUAUUCUCGACACCGAAACAGACAGAGCCAAGUUUGAAAGCCCAGCGCACGAGACUCUGCGACAAAGAAUCCUGUCCUUCCUGAAGCGGGCGCCAUUGUACCCCGAUACACCACCAACGGCGACCGUCGACGAUGUCUACUUGUAUCAAUCAGGCAUGGCUUCCAUCUACAAGCCCCACUCGUACAUGCUUGACAGCUACCAAGGCGCAUCUGUUCUCUUUGGGAUGGCCUUUAUGGACACUCUCACAACACUGGAACAAUUUGGCCCUGAAAGCAAGUUUUUCGGACUGGGCUCGGAUGAGGACAUUCUUGAACUGGAGGCCUAUCUUCAAGACAGCCGGUCCAAGGGCCGAAAGGUGCAAGCUCUCUGGGUAGAGUUCCCGGCCAAUCCGUUGCUCACAUCUCCAGACAUUGCUCGACUCCGUAAGUUAGCGACUGAGUACGAUGUCGUCUUGGGCAUUGACGACACGAUUGGGAGCUGGGCCAACAUUGACGUGAUCUCGAUGGCGGAUAUUCUGGUAACGUCUAUCACGAAAUCUUUCAAUGGCUACGCCGACGCUAUCGGAGGAACUGCUAUUCUCAAUCCUGCCUCUCCCAAAUACCAUGAGCUCAAGCCAAUAUUCGAUGCGCAUUACGUGCCAGAGUUUUACAUCGACGAUGCAGAGGCCAUUGAGCGAAAUAGUCGCGAUUACUUGGCUCGCACGGCAAAGCUGAAUAGCAACGCUAGUGCCGUUGUCGAGUAUCUAUAUUCUCAAUCCCAGGACCCAAACAGCGCCGUUCGCCAAGUCUAUUACCCUUCAGUCAACCCUUCCGGAGCCAAUUAUAAACGUUUCAUGCGCCCUGAAACACCCGAUUUCACCCCUGGAUAUGGCUGUGUUUUCAGUGUUGAGUUGGACAACCUUGACACGACCAGGGUGUUUUAUGACAACCUCAACAUCCACAAGAGCGUGCACCUGGGUGCGCCUUUCACCUUGGCAUUUGCCUACACGAUGUGUGCUUAUCAAAAGAGACUGGAUUGGGCGGCCCAGUUUGGCUUGAAACCAACGCAGAUCAGGAUCUCGGUUGGGCUCGAAGAUACGGACACGCUGCUUGAGGACUUUCGAGUCGCAGUUGAGGCGGCCGACAAGGCAAAGAAAACCGGGGCAGAAUAG